AUGGUUCGUCCCCACCACGCCCACCAAUUCCUAUCCUUCGAAACUCAGAAUAUUACACUGAAGGCCAAAUACCUGCAUGAGAGGAAAUUAAUUUUUCAGGAAGUUUUCAUUCAUUCCCUACAGACAUUCCGCCGCAGUGAACAUGCCCUGACGAAGGGGGCUGCGCGGUGCUGGGCAGAGCGACACCCACCCCGAGGGAAGCGCCGCUUCGGGCGGAGGAAGGAGACAGAUACUACCCUGGCCGGGCUCUCGGAUCCCCAGCAGCUCGUCCCGGGGGGCCGCGGACGAGAGGAGGCCCCUCCGGCGAUGGCCAGCGUCUGCACGCUAUGGAAGGGCAGCAGCGGCUCCCGAGGUCUCCUCCCCGAGAACAGUUCCCCCACUUCCUCCCAAGUCGGAGUUCCGCGCUCCGGGGCGAACGCACCCCCGCAGGCCGAGCAGCCCCGCAAAGCCGCGGCGCCCGCAACAGGUCCCGGGCAGCGGAUGAAACUUACAGCAGAGGCGACCGGCGUCGGCGCACAACCAGAUGGGUUUUCGCCUAGGUCACCAGGCAGGAGGAGACGAGGCGGACGUCUCAGCCCCGGGGAGCGGCGGCGACAACCCGGGCGAAAGGAGCGCGCAUGGGGCGCCAGCCGGGAAGAGGACAGCGCCUCGCGACUCCCACGCCGCGGCCUCUGCCCGCGACCCGCGGAGCGUCUCCGGGAGCGCGUCUCGGGAAGGGGGAGCGAUUCUGCGGCUGCCGGCGCCGCGCGAGGAGGCGGGCAGUGCACUCCGGGGAGGGAGCGAGGAAGCGCUGUGCGCGCCGGCGGCCGCCUGGCGUCUGGACCCGGUCUCCGCAGCGCCACCGCCGCGCCGCCUCCACUCUGGCUGCCCAAGCAGUCUGCGCCCAGCAGCCGCGCGGCGGGCUAUAAGCGGCGCGGCGCGGCGGGGCGGGGAGGAGAAGGGAGGGGAGGGAGGAGAGGGCGCGGGUGCGGAGUGACACCAGGGGAAGGAGGGAGGAAGCGCGUGAAGGCCGCCCGCCGAGGAGGAGGAGGAGGAGGAGGAGGAAGGGGAGGAGGUGGCGACGGCGAGGAGCUGGAGAAGAGCGUGUCGGGGGAGUUAAUCGAGAGAGGAAGUCGGCCAAAGGCGGCCCGUGGGGUUUCUCGCUGGCAAGGGGCAGACAGACUCGAGCUCCUGGCGUUUCCCCUGUGCCCCGCCGCCCCACCGCCCCACCCCGGCGGGUGCGGCACCCGCGCCCGGACUCUGCCCCACGCUGCGGGGAGCAGCAGCAGCCGCAGUCGGGCGCUGUCCCGCGGGGCGCGCACCACGUGCUCCGCAGCCAAUCGCCGCCGCCGCUUGAUUCAAAGCGAGCUGCUCAAAGGAGCGGCCACGCCGCCCCCUCUCCCUGGCGAUAGAGCCGAAAUCGCCCUUUCGGGCUGGGCCCUUCCUGUCUUUUAUCGCUCCGUUGUGUUUAGCUUGCAGCUCAGCAAAGAAAUGGCCCAGCGCGCCUGUUUGAAGCGCCGCGUGCCAGAAGGAAGGAAGGCGGUUCGAAAACUCAUCUCGCGUGGCGAUCGCCCUUUGCGAAAUCCAUUUCUGAUCUUUGCACUAAGGACUGGUUUUCCAGCGGGAGCUAAAGCUCGUGUUUGGAUUUUAUUAGCUGAGCGCGAUUUGCAAGUUAGCAUAUUUCCGCUCAUAGCAACACAAAUUGUCCUUACUCCAGCCAAUCCUAAAGGUAAUCCUUAUCACUUCCCUCACAGGACGAGAAGGCCGGGAGGCGGGCCUGGGCGGGGCGCGCCGUCAGCUGACUCCGCCGCCCCCGCGCUCGGCGCUUCCUCCUCGGGGUCCGGGCGGAGGUCAGGUGCGCGGGCUGCAGCUCCGCCAGACCUGGGCCGACCCGCCAUGAGGCACCGCGGGCUGGGGCUGGCGGCGCUGCUGGCGCUGCUGGCGGCGCUGGCCCCGCGCUCCUCCGCCGCGCCGGAGUCGGCCCUGUGGCCUAUGCCGUUCUCGGUGAAGACGUCUCCGCGCCUGCUGCACCUCUCCCCCGACAACUUCUCCAUCGGCUACGGCCCCUCGUCCACCGCCGGCCCCACCUGCUCCCUCCUGCAAGAAGCUUUUCGGCGAUAUCACGAAUACAUUUUUGGUUUCGACAAGAGGCAGCGUCGCCCUGCUAAACCUAAUAGUGCGAUAGAGUUACAGCAACUUCUCGUCACAGUUGUCCUGGACUCGGAGUGUGAUCUUUUCCCCAACAUCACUUCAGACGAGUCCUAUACUUUACUUGUGAAAGAACCAGUGGCUUUCCUCAAGGCCAACAGAGUUUGGGGAGUAUUACGAGGUUUAGAGACCUUUAGCCAGUUAAUUUAUCAAGAUUCUUAUGGGACUUUCACCGUCAAUGAAUCCGACAUUAUUGACUCUCCAAGGUUUCCACAUAGAGGAAUUUUAAUUGAUACAGCCAGACACUUUCUGCCAGUUAAGAGCAUUCUCAAAACUCUGGAUGCCAUGGCUUUUAAUAAAUUUAAUGUUCUCCACUGGCACAUAGUUGAUGACCAGUCUUUCCCUUAUCAGAGUGUCACUUUUCCUGAGUUAAGCAACAAAGGCAGCUAUUCUCUGUCUCAUGUUUAUACACCAAAUGAUGUCCAUACGGUGAUUGAAUAUGCCAGAUUACGAGGGAUUCGAGUCAUACCAGAAUUUGAUAGCCCUGGACAUACACAGUCUUGGGGAAAAGGUCAGAAAGACCUCCUGACUCCAUGUUACAAUGAACAUAAGCAGUCUGGGACCUUUGGACCUAUAAACCCUAUUCUGAAUUCAACUUAUAACUUCCUGUCUCAGUUUUUCAAGGAAGUUAGUAUGGUGUUUCCAGAUCACUUCGUUCACUUGGGAGGAGAUGAAGUGGAAUUUAAAUGUUGGGAGUCUAAUCCAGAAAUCCAGGGUUUCAUGAAGCAGAAAGGUUUUGGCAAAGAUUUUAGAAGACUAGAAUCUUUCUACCUUCAAAAGCUUUUGGGUAUUGUUUCAACUGUAAAGAAGGGAUCCAUAGUCUGGCAAGAGGUUUUUGAUGAUCACGUGAAGCUUCUGCCAGGUACAAUUGUUCAAGUGUGGAAAAAUCAAGUAUAUAGUGAGGAACUACGUGAAGUCACAGCAGCUGGCUUCCCUGUGAUCCUUUCUGCUCCUUGGUACUUAGAUUGGAUUAGUUAUGGACAAGACUGGAGAAAUUACUAUAAAGUGGACCCUCUUCAUUUUGAUGGUUCUCAAGAACAGAAAAAACUUGUCAUUGGUGGAGAAGCUUGUCUGUGGGGAGAAUUUGUGGAUGCAACUAACCUUACUCCAAGAUUAUGGCCUCGGGCAAGUGCCGUUGGUGAAAGACUCUGGAGUCCAGAAGACAUCACCAGUGUAGGGAAUGCCUACAACAGACUGACCGUUCACCGCUGCAGAAUGGUCAGACGGGGAAUAUCUGCAGAACCUCUUUUUACUGGAUAUUGUGACUAUGAAUACAAAACAUAAAAAUGAGCCUAAACAAAGAAGAAAAGAGGAGGGGACAAAACCUACAGCAAUCUGUACUACAAUCAACUUGAUUUUGAAAUCAUGGAAAUUAAGAUUUGGUGCACUGUUUUCAAUAAAAGAUGUAUCUUUUUUAAAAUGGG